AAAAAUAAACCAAAUAGAAGAGAAAUGGCUACUUUGGGUGGAAUUAGCCAGGCUGAAGCAAGCGCCAACAGCCUGGAGAUUCAGAACCUAGCUCGUUUUGCCGUCGAUGAACACAACAAGAAAGAGAACGCGAUGCUGCAGUUUAAGAAAGUGACCGAGGUGAAGCAGCAGGUGGUUUCCGGGACAAUGUAUUACAUAACAUUGGAGGCGAUGGAUGGUGACAAAAUGAAAGUUUAUGAAGCCAAGGUGUGGGAGAAACUAUGGUUGAAUUUCAAGGAGUUGCUGGAUUUCAAGCUUAUCGGUGAUGCCACCGCCUCCGACUCCGCUUGAGGUAGCUGUUCCCGGAGAUUGGAUGAAGAUACCGAAGGGCGAAGGCAGGUUUCGCCGUUAAAUAAAUGUAACAAUGCCUUAAGUUCAUAUGGAUUUAAAGUAUUAAACUUAUAAGCUUACCUAGAAUAGUGAUUAGUGUAAAUUGAUGCAAUCUGCAAAGUACAUAAUUUUACCUAUCUUCCUUUUAUCAUAUUUCUUAUGUAAUGUCUAAACAUAAAUUAAAUUUAGUUAUUA